AUGACUGAUUUACACACAAUUCGGCUAGAAGUCAACAAUGCUUUUAAACUUAGUGGUUUUACAAUACGACGAGAAGCAAGCAAUUUUGUUGCCGAGCAGUUAUCCCCGCUAUCUUCAUCAGAAAGGCAGAAAAUGAUAGAUAAACUCACAGCCCACCUUUUACGACAGUGCUUAUCCCAACCGGUUCUGGAAAAAGAACAUCUAGAGACUGCCUAUAGAGAAUGUUCAUCAUUUGGCUUAGAAGAAUGCGAAACGGUGUUAAACGUAAUUGACGCAUUUAGUAUACCGAAAAUAAAUUACGAUAGUGAAAGAAAUCGAUUCACAAAGGAUGUAAACAGCGGCAACAACUUGUAUCCAGAGCCUAAAUGGAAAGCUCAGUACUUAAUUGACAGAUAUACACUUAUAUGGCAAAGAACUGUAAGAAACAAGUUGUUUGCUCAAGAAGUACUACCUUCCGGAGUUGAAGAAAACAGGUUUCGAUUACGAAAAAUAGAAGUCUUGUUAAGUUCUUCAAGUAAAAUUGAUGAGGUUAUAGUAUUAGGCCUUCUAACUCAACUAACUGAAGGUAAAUUUUAUUUAGAAGACCCUACAGGCAGUGUUUUAUUGGAUAUGACACAAACGAGGUACCACUCUGGCUUAUUUACAGAAAAUAGUUUUGUUCUGGCUGAAGGUUAUUAUGAUGACAAAGUUUUACAUGUCAUGGGUUUAGUACUUCCACCGUCAGAGAGCAGAGCCACAUCGUUAUCCUAUUUUGGAAACUUGAACACUUUUGGUGGAAAAUCAAAGACAUUGCUAAAAAAAUCACAGAAUUUACUUAAAAUUGAACAAGAAAACGAAGACGGAAUGAUUGUUUUCUUAUCCGAUGUAUGGUUUGACAAUUUGAAAGUAAUGGCAAAAUUGAAAACAUUAUUUUCUGGGUACAAUGACUUUCCACCUAUUGCCUUUGUGUUUCUUGGUGAAUUUUUAUCUUGUCCUUAUGGAUAUGAGCACAGUAUUCAACUAAAAGCAGCUCUUGCUAGCUUGGGAGAUCUAAUUUAUCAGUUUACUAAAUUAAAAGAGGCAUGCAAGUUUAUUUUUAUACCGGGCAGAGGAGAUCCAGCAGCUGCGAAUAUACUGCCAAGGCCUGCAAUACCAGACUCUAUCACACAAGAUAUAAGGAACAAAGUAGGUGACUCCGUCAUAUUUGCAACAAACCCUUGUCGUAUACAGUACUGCACUCAAGAAUUUGUCUUAAUCAGACAGGACUUGGUCACAAAGAUGUGUAGAAAUUCAAUUCACUUCCCUGAAUCUGGGGAUAUACCAGAUCAUUUGACCAAAACAUUGCUGAGUCAGUGUACACUCUCACCCUUAUCUUUAGGUGUACAACCUGUAUACUGGAAACAUGCUGAUGCAUUAAGUUUGUAUCCAAUGCCAGAUUUAGUGGUUGUUGCUGACCAUUUCCAGCCUUACACAAGAUCAUAUCAAGAUUGCCAAGUGAUUAAUCCUGGAUCCUUCCCACGUACAGAAUUCUCAUUCAAAGUUUACAUACCAUCCUCGAGAACUGUGGAAGAAUCCCAAAUACCUAAAGAGGACACAUAA